AUGCAACCAUCAGUCUCGACGGACAGGCAUCGAAGAAGUCGACCUGAUAGAUUCAAUCUUUUAUACCAAAAAUAUAUUCAUGCCAUUAUCAGAUCCAUCGAUUAUGAUAAGAUGCCAGAGUACCUUAAACACGUCGCUCAGACCCAUGACGAGACAAAGGCAGCUCAGCAACAGAUGCAAGACUAUAUACAAGAUAAUCUAGAAGCUACAUGUGAGCAUCUUAAAUUGAAAUAUCAAUUACCAGAAAAGAUUGCUGAUCUUGAACGAUUGAUCAAGGAUGCCAGAGAACAAGGAGACCAAGCUCAGGGACAAAUGAUAAUUCCACAAUCGGAACGAGUAAGACGUGCAUUGGCCAUAGAGUUAAAGCGUCGUGAAUUAAGUCGACUGCAGGCAGCGAAAGAACAAAUUAUUCAGGAGAGCAAAACGACUAUGGAACGUAUAUCUGAAAAGAAAAGGAAUGUCAGGGCACUUCACAAUAGACUUGAACAGGAUAUGCGAUGCUUUGACGAGGCUAUUAAUAUGGCAGGAUCCAUACAAGUCGACCGUCUAAUAAGUACUAUGGAUUCCCUAGUUGUCAGUACUCCUUUUGGAGAAACAGUCUAACACAUACAUACACACUGGAUUAUUCAGGGUCUGGCCAAUCUCUCCUGCUUUACACUCUAUUACUUUUUUUUUUGGACUCUAUUCCCUUUUUGUUUUUAAUUCAGAGGUUUUAUCUGGCCGAAAUCCCUCUUAUACACUCAUAACAUACUACUUUUAUUAUAACCAUUUCAUCCCAUAAUAAGCAUCAUUUUAAAUAUAUAUAUAUAUAAUAUAAAGAAAAUCACAACC